AAUAAAGCCACCGUAAGCGAAAAGCAAUAGAAUUGAGAGAGAGAGAGAAAGAGAGAGACUCUUCUUCUGUCUCUUUGAUUUGAUCAUUUCAAUCUCCAAAUCAAUUCUUUCUAUAUACUCGCAAAGUGCAAAAUUCCAAUCUUUCGCGUAUUGGGUUCCCGUUUCCGAUCGAUCCAAUUCUCUUCCCAUGGCUACGAUCGGACACAACAAUCUCAAUGCCAAAUUGGUUCUCCUCGGGGACAUGGGUGCCGGGAAAUCCAGCCUCGUUUUGCGCUUUGUCAAGGGUCAAUUUCUCGAAUUUCAGGAAUCAACGAUAGGUGCAGCGUUCUUUUCCCAGACACUUGCUGUAAAUGACGCAACUGUGAAGUUUGAGAUUUGGGACACAGCAGGACAGGAGAGGUACCACAGCUUGGCUCCCAUGUACUACAGAGGCGCUGCUGCUGCUAUCAUUGUCUAUGACAUCACUAGCUCAGACUCCUUUACCCGAGCUAAGAAGUGGGUCCAAGAGCUUCAAAAGCAAGGAAAUCCUAAUAUGGUCAUGGCUCUUGCUGGUAACAAAGCUGAUUUGGAAGAUAAGAGGAAAGUGACAGCUGAAGAAGCACGCGUAUAUGCUGAAGAAAAUGGUUUAUUUUUCAUGGAGACCUCUGCCAAAUCUGCAACCAACGUUAAUGAUGUAUUCUAUGAAAUAGCCAAGAGGCUACCGAGGGCACAGCCAGCUCAGAACCCAGCAGGGAUGGUUCUUGUGGAUAGACCCGCCGAAGGAACUAGGGCUGCAUCAUGUUGUUCAUAAAUAUUUGAGCUUUAUUUGCACCCUUUUUAAUUAAAUCAUGUUUUCUGUGGUUUGUAUGUACUACACGCUUUGAUGUCACUGUUAUGUGGGCUGCAACUUUACGAAACACAACUUGAUGCUGCAAAAUAUAUCCCUUGCAUGUGUCCCAUGAUUUGAGGUGAAUAGGCAUGAAUCUUAAGUUUCAUUAGUAUGUUUCUUGACAAGAUGAUUAGUGAUUCUUUGCAUUCUCCCCUAAUAAUCUGAGUUGUUUGUUAUUGUUCACA